AUGAUAGAACAACCUGAAUCAUCAUCAAUACCGAUUAUAACUCCUGAUGAAACAGAAGCCGUGGCAACACCGAGUAUUACUUUUGAUGAAUCUCAGGCCAUGACAACACCUGUUUUAACUCUCGAUGAAAUGCACACUGUAACAACAUCAAACAUUAAUGACAUUUCAAUGAGAAAAAAGUCAAAGCAACAUGAAAAUGAAACUUUAAGUAAUAACAAUGCUCAAGCAUUAGGUAAUAAUGAUAUCGGCUUGUUUGUUAAUAAAAGUUGCAUAUCAACUAAUGAAAUCUAUGCUGUAUUGAUCGAUCCAUGGAAACCAUCUACUCAAUACGAAUUUCCUCAAGUUAACAUGAAUCAAAAGGUGCGGUCGGUUUGUCAACAUUCUUGGUUAUUAUCAUAUCCGUGGCUUGGUUAUUUUCAUACCCUUGAAGGUGUUUUAUGCCGCUAUUGCAUUUUGUUUCAAAGAAAAUGGUCUGCAAAGGAUCCAGGUAAAAACGCUCUUGGACAGCUCGUUGUUAAACCAUUAACUUCAUUAAAUAAAGCUCAUGAUUAUUUUCGAUCUCAUGAAAAAACUGAUUAUCAUUUGUUUUCCAAAGAACAAGCUAAACUGUUUAUUAUAAGUUAUACAGAUCCAAGCAAAUCUAUUGAUCGUAUAUUAGAUAAUGAAUAUCAACAACAAGAAGCUAUGAACAGAAAAAUUUUAGCGAGUAUUAUUAAGUGUAUUCUUUUUAUUGGCAAACAAAAUUUAGCAUUCAGAGGUCAUGAUGACGAUGGCAUUGAUUAUAAAUCAACGGAGGGUUUAGGAAAUUUUAAAGAAUUAAUUCUUUUCCGUGUGGAAAGUGGCAAUAUGGUAUUAAAUGAUCAUUUGACAACGUGCGCCAAAAAUGCAAUGUAUAUGAGUCCCAAAAUUCAAAACGAGCUAAUUGGCAUUUGUGCUGAUAUGAUUAGAGCACAAAUUGUUAACCGUAUCAUUGAAGAAAAAACUUUUUUUUCCGUUAUAGUCGAUGCCACUUCAGAGAUCACUGGAACCGAACAAAUGUCAUUAUCAGUUCGUUAUUUAUGUCAUGCUGGUGAUCAAAUAGCUAUCAAAGAAGAUUUUAUUGGCUUCAUUUCAAUCACUGAUAAUUCAGCAAAAGGUCUAUCUGAACAUAUAAUUUCUUUUUUACAAUCAGUUGGUCUUGAUUUAGCAUAUUUACGAGGUCAAGAAUAUAACGGUUGUACUGUCAUGUCCGGCGACAUUAGUGGUGUUCAAAAACUUAUUUUAGACAUUGCACCAAAAGCACUCUAUGUCCAUUGCGCUAGUCACUCAUUAGAUCUGGCCAUAUGUGAUGCAUGUGAUGAUCGAUAUAUACAAUUAUUUUUUGGUACACUUAAAGCUAUUAUAAAAUUUAUUAGUAAAUCACCAAAAAAACAAAAACUUUUAAAAAAUGCGAUAGAAGCUACACACAGUGACAUGAAACGAAAAAAAUUGGCCAAAUUAAUUGAACAUCAAUACAUGGUGGAAAACGCCGAUUCAGAUACAAGCGCAAAAUCUCAUGCUUAUUUAAAAUCAAUAAAGGAUUUAGAUUUCGUUGUAUGUUUAUUUGUUGUCUCACGUGUAUUUGCAAUCUUAAAGCCUUAUACAGAAAUGCUCCAAAGUAAAAACUGUGAUUUAACUCAAUGUUAUAAUAAUAUUCAAGAAGUCGCUCUUCAUCUUGUUGAAUUAAAAUACGAUGAAAAGAAAAUCAACGAACUUGCUAAUGAUUUGAAGAUCUUUUCACAUGAUAAUGAUAUUACGUUUGAAAUUUCAAGAACUAACAAGUUUAAAACUGCUAUUGAUUAUUUAAGAGAGCACCCAUGA